AUGAUCUUCAGCAUCUCUAUCCUUGUACUGUCUGUCCUCCAGCUAUGUGGGACAAUGGAGAGUGGUAUUAUUGGAGGAAGGGAAGUGAAAGCACACUCCCGACCCUAUAUGGUUUCUGUUCAGAUUAACAAAAUGCACAUGUGUGGUGGCAUGCUUAUCAAAAAAAAUUAUGUGCUGACUACAGCUCACUGUGUAGAUAAUAUUGAAUACUCUGGAAAGAACAAGCUGGAAGUGGUACUAGGAGCUCACAACAUCAGUCAAAAGGAGCCCCAACAGCAGAGAAUCACAGUGGAGAAGUACAUCAAGCAUCCCUGUUACAAGAGCAAUGAACGUACAAAUGAUAUCAUGCUACUGAAGCUGAAGUCCAAAGCCAAGCUGAAAAACGGUGUGCAAGUCAUUGAUCUUCCUAAGAAGAAUGAGAACCUUUCAGCCAAUCAAAUAUGUUCAAUAGCUGGUUGGGGCAUGACAAAACAGAACAGCGCUGCAUCAAGUGUCCUACGAGAGGUGAAGCUCAAAGUACAAGAUAUCUCUGAGUGCAAGAAGCUUUGGCAACAUUAUUUUGACACAGACAGCAUGAUCUGUACUGCCCCUGAUGGAAGAGAUGCUUUUUGUCAGGGUGAUCCAGGGAGUCCUUUAUAUCUCUGUGGAAAUGAAACCACAAGGAUUAGCUGCAUAUACCUACCUGGCAACUGCUUGAACCUUCAGUAUCCAGAGGUAUAUAUCAAGCUCUCCUACUUUCUUCCAUGGAUUAAAGAAAUAAUACACUAG